AACAUUUUUCAGUCCUUUUAGGAGAGUAGGCACAAUGGAUCGGCCGAGUGGCUUAGCUGACCACUCGGCCACAGGUGCAAAUGCACACGUGAAGUGCUAUUCGUGCUCACGCGUUUCUAGCGUUGCGACCGGGGCUUCCGAGCAUGCUCGGUGCCCGUUGUGCGAGAGCGACUUCGUGGAGUUUGUGGAUGCCCCGGCCCCGGCUCCGGCCCACGCCGCUGCCGGACCCUCCAUCCCACGCGGCCUUGGCGCUGGCGCCGCAGGCGCCUCCCAGCCCACCACCGGCGCCGGCGGCGCAGCCGGCGCCGCUGCUCUCAGCCACGGCCACGGCGCCCGCAUUGAGUUUCGCGCCACGUUCGACGCCGCGGGGCUGCCGGGCGCGGCGACGGCGGGCUCGGGGGGCACGGGCAACUCGCGGCCGCUGUCCCUGGUGGACGCGGUGAGCCGCUUCGCGCCCUUGCGGCUGCCCAACGGCCAGCAGGCGUUUGUGCUGCAGGUGCAAGACGGGGCGCUCAUGUCGCCCUUCACCAUGGAGCUGCCGUUCGGCCUGGGUCCCGGCGCCGGCAUGGGCAUGGGCGGCAUGGGCUUGGGCGGUCUGGGUCGCGGCCUGGGCGGCCGCCCCGCUCCCGGCGGCGGCGGCGGCGGCGGCGGCUUCGCCCUGAACGCCGCGGACUGGGUGGUGGGCGAGGACCUGGACGCGGUGGUGAGCCGGCUGCUGGACGCCUACGUGCCGCCGCGCAGCAGCGCCACACAGGAGACCAUAGACGCGCUGCCCCGCCUGCGUGUGCGGCCGGGCCCGCUCUCGCCCAACCCCGACGCCGGCAUCGCGGCGGCGGCAGCAGCCGCGGACGCGGCCGCCGCCACGGCCGCGGCCGCAGGCCGCGCCAGCGGCAGCGAGGAACGGCAGGAGGCCAUCGCAGCGGCGGUGGCCGCGGCAGCCGCUGCCGACGCCGAAGGCGGCGGCGCCGCCGAACGCGCCAGUGGCGCCGCCGAAGCCGCCGGCGCCUACGCGAGCUGCCAGCCUGGCGAGCUGUGCACUGUGUGUCACGACCCGUUCGAGGCGAACAGCCAGGUGGUGGAGCUGCCCUGCCGCCACUGCUUCCACCAGGACUGCAUCGUGCCCUGGCUGCAGCAGCAAAGCUCCUGCCCAGUGUGUCGGACCAAGCUCAAGCAGCGGCGCAGCGCGGUGCCCAGCCAUCACGCCCAGCCGCACCACCCGCAGGCCUCUGGCCCCGAGGCCGCGCCGCAGGGCGCGCCCGCCGCCACCGCGACAGGGGCCGCACACGGCGCUGGCGGCCGCGGUGCGCCAGCCGCAGCGGCGCCGGCCGGGCCACGUGGCAUGGGACUGGGCGGCGGCUUGGGACCGAUGGGCGCCGCCGACGUGUCUCUCAUGUCCUUCCUGAUGCCUCAGCCCGCGCCGCGGCCGUUGCUGACGCCCGAGCAGCAGCGCGCGGCGGAGGCGGCACUGGAGUCGCUGCGCACGCGCUUCGCGCCGCUGACGUUGGGCCCGGUCAUUGGCGCGGGCCGCCCGGCACCACCACCGGCAUCCGGACCGGCGUCGGCUGCCUCGCGCGGAGGAGGCGGAGCUGGCGCGGGUGGCGCGGCAAGCACGUGGAGGCCGCCGCUUCGCGGCGGCUUCUUCAACCGGCCUGCGCCUGCGACAACGGCAGCGGCGGGGUCAUCCACGUCGCCGGCGGCGUCAGGAGCAGGCGCGGGCGCGGGCUCUGGCGGUAAUUCCGGCGGCGCUGGCACAGCACGCUCCGCGUUGCGUGGCGGGUUCUUCAACCGGGGUCGCGCCUCUGCCGGCGGUGCCGGCGCAAGUGCAGCGGCCGGCUCCUCCGCCACGGCGCCGUCCUCCUCUGCAGCCCAGCCGCCGCAGGCGCAGCGUGCGGUCAGGCCGGGUGGUGGCGCCGGCGCGGGCGUCAGCCGCGGCUUGGUUGCGUCAUCCACCGUGGCCAUUCCCUUGGAGGCCAUGAUGGCUGGGAUGAUGCGGCCGGGCGUGGCGGCGGCGGAGGGUGAGGGGCCGGACGUGAUGUCUCGAAUGAUGUGGGCCACGGCGCUGACGGCGACGUUGGAGGCGGAGGAGGCGGCGGCAGCCGCCGCCGCUGGCCGGCAGCAGCAGCAGCAGCAGCAGCGGCGCCCGGACAGCGACGAAGAUCACGAGGUCGACGAGGAGGACGAGGACGAAGCGGAGGACGAGGCGGAGGAGGAGUAUGACCGGGAGCCGGAGCGGCAGGCCGCCGCCGCCGCUGGUGGUGGCGCCGCCGCCGGCCUGUCUGGUCGCGUCACGAUCCGGCUGCCGCGGGGCUUGGACGGGGCGGCGGCGGCGGCGGUGGCGGGCGGCGACCUGGAGGCCAUGUGUGAGCUGCUGGAGGCGGGGGAGCUGCAGGCGUGGGAGCGGCGGGUGGCGGCGGCGGACGCGGCGGGCGAGCCGCGGCCCAGCGAGGAGCGGCUGCGGGAGCUGCGGCGGCGCACGCUGGCGGGCUGUGAGCUGUCGGUCCGGCACUUGUCGCAGCUUGCGCCGCAGCCCGCCGCCACCGUCGUGUCCAUCAUGCGAGACGUAGCCACCGCCGCCGACGCCUGGCUGGCCGGCGCUCUGGCGGUGCUGCGCCGCCCGCCCGCGGAGCUGGCGGCAGCGGUGGCUGCGCGGCGGCGGCGCGUGGCGGCGGCGCGGCACGGCGCUGGCCGGGAGUUGGGUUCCAGGACGCAGGGCGUGGCGGCGGCGGCCACGGGCGCUGGGACGGGCACGGCAGCCGCUGCUGCGGCGGCGCCUGUGGAGCGAAAGGAUAGGGGCACGGUGGCAGCGGCGGAGGAACCCGAGGCGGCGGGGGCGGCGUCGACGGGUCGUGGGACGAAGAAUGCGGAGGCUGGUGGCGGUGACGGCAAGGGCUCGUCAGGCAGCGGUGAAGCGGGCGGCGAGGAGGCGAGGUGCGAGGGGCCGUCGCGGCAGGUGGUGCGGCGCAGUCAGGGCGAGGACGCGGCGUCGCUGGCCAAUGUGGGCCUGGCGGAGGCCGAGGCGGCACCGGCGGCGGUGGGCCAGACCGCAGGCAGCAAGGCUGCCGGUGGCCGCCGCGUGCGCGUGACGGCGGCACCGCGCCACGGCGGCGGUGGCGGCGCCCGCGCCGCUGGUGCGUCGAAGCGCCCGGCAAACACAGCAGCAGCGGCGGUGGCCACGGGGCAAGCGGCACACGGCAAUGCCGACACCAGUCGGCGCAAUGGCGGUGGCGGUGGUCUCAACCCGGUGUCGUUGGUGGUGGGUGGCGCGGGUGCGGGGCUGCGGCUGCUGGGCGGCUUGGCGUCGGGGCUGCUGCGGCGCGGCAGCGGCGGCGGCAGGGCCGCAAGCGCUGGCGGAGCGGCGGCGGCGGCAGGCGAUGCCGGAGUGGGGGCGGGGGCGCCGACCACCCAGUAAGCGGUGCCAAGGUGGUGGUGAUGUUGGAUUGUUGGUGGAGUGCUGGUGCCGGUGGAGUGGUGAGGGUCGUGGUGGUGCAGUACGCCAAUGCGGGUCGGGUCGAAUGUUGCAUGCCGCCGCCGUCUGGCCCCUGACGCGCGCUUUGGGCAACAUUGAAGCGUUGGGAGUGAAACGCAGGCCCUCCGGCCAAAUGCAAGUAUGAAUACUGAGCGACUUAGCUGCGCCUUGCUUGGUGUGAUAGGACUCAGCUCCGAAGUCAUGCCCUUUCGGAACAUGUAU